AUGUCCAUUUGUUCCCUGAACUCUUGUCACCUCUCUUUGAGGGAAAUCCUAGAGUUACAGAAUCAACCUGUGAGCGAAGAACAAGCAUGGGCUCUCUGCUAUCAGUUGUGCUGUCUCAUAGAGCAGAGUAUCAAACAUGAUACAGCGACAGUCGACUAUCUGGGACGUCUUAUUUACUCCUGUCUGGAUUGGGGUCUUGAAACCAAUGUUGAGAGAGAACUGAAUGAGAGCCUGGAGCUUUUAGUGUGCCAGAUGACGAGAGUGAAUGUCAGCCCAGGCAAUGAUUCCUUUCAACCCAUAUACAGCAUCUCUGAAGUCAUCCAGAUUUGUGAGGAUCGUCUGUAUGACCCAGCUCAGGCAUCCCACCACUACAGGGGUGUGUGUUCCACACUGUUCUCAGAGACUAUUGAGCUGUGCCGUUACCUGCAGAACAUUAGGAGUACCAGGGAGACUUUGGAGAAAUUAAUUGUGGAAUCAGAGACAAGAUUGUUGGCACAUGUGACGACAAACUGGGUUUUUACAUGGAAACAUGUGGUAGAGGAGCUGAGUCAGGGUGUAGUUCUCAGGCCAAGCAGAAAUCGUCCAGAAAAUCUGAGUGUGAAGUUCCCUUUGCCAGUAAAGCUCCAUCCGUUUAACCAGCUGCUACAAGAUAUUCGGCUAGGACAUUACACACUCCGUAAAGUCCAGAGAGCAGGCAACGAUCGCCGAAGAAUUGACCCACACGAAGCUCUUUUAGAAUUCAUCCGCUCGCGACCAAAACUGCAACCGGUUUCACGCCGGAAACUGAAACUGAAGCCCAAAGAAGAGCCCAGUCUGCAUGAAUUACUCAUGCAGGAAAUUCGCACAUCUGGCCAACUGAAACGUCUUUCAUCGUGUAAGACCAGUCCUGCAUCCAAAGGUAAAUGUCCUUACUUAAAGGAAAAAAGCUGUGAUGCAGUGCAAGUUCCCAUGACAAUUGCUGAUGUCAUUUCUGUGAACCAAACAAAAGCAAGGGGAAUGUCAGCGAUGUCUUGUGAGAGAUACAGAAAUUGGAGGGUGUGUUCUUGUUGCUCCAAUAGGAGCCCUUUUUUCACCUGGCAUAACUACUGUUCUCUGUGUAAUGGGGUUCUGUGUCCAGAGUGCUGUGUUGAGAUGCGAAUGCCAUUCAAGUGGUGUCUAAACCUCCCUAUAAGCUUCUUCAAGAAAAUUGUGUUGCAAACUGAUGAAAAAGGCAAGAACAAUUUCUGGAAAGAGCGCUGGUCCUGGGACUGCUCCCAGGUUCCUCUUGUGCUGGAAUCACGAUUGUCCACCUCAAGUCCCCUUCAUACUUUGGCCAUGAGAGGCUGGCACAGUCAGGAUGUCUGUGUGGUAUGCCAGAGCCUACUGCAGGAGGCAUGUGACUCUGUGUUUUCACUGUGCCCCAACACAGGUCCUUGGGAGAUUUGA